CCUGUUCCUCAGCCGGUCACACCUCAGGUGAAAGUGAAGCAGGUGGUGCAAAACCACUAUGGAACCGUCUACAGGACCUCCAAGAGCAAGAACGUGUUCUUUUGUUUGUGUUUGUUUGCUUGUUCAAGGAACAAGUCUAGACACAAAACAGUAGCAACAUUUUGCAAGAGUCUACUCUACCACUGUACAACAUCCUCUAGCAUAGCCUGUUGAAUGAUGUUGAAUGAGGGCAGGAUCGGGCGCAGGAUAAGGUAUCGAUAGUUGUUUUGAUUGGAGGGGAGUCCGGAGUUUCUUGACGCACAAAUAUUUAUUGGUUGGUGGUAGUUGUUAUUUAUUCUUUCCUCCAAAAGCAACUCAUCCUGCUCCCGGUAUCUUUAUACUCCACUACACAGGCACACUUGUCUCGUCUUUGUGUUUUGCGUACUGAGUCCUGAGCCAGGAAGGUGCCAGUAAAUCACUACGUCCAUGUGAAGACGCCUGAGCAGCCUCCCAUUGUCCACACGGUGAAAGUGAUGACUCCUGCAAAAACAUACUCGUGCGAUGGCCUCGGCGAUCAACCAGAUCCAAGCUGGAGUGAGAAGCAUACCCGGUGGUGCUGCUACAAGUAUGGUUCGUUCUGCCCGAAGACGGUGGUCGAUAAGAACAUCUACCACACUGUGGUAAAGACACAGCCUGUGCGCGUACCGGUACCCGAGCCCAUGCCCACGCAUGCUCCCAUUGUGAAGACCAUCCGCCACACCUACCACGUGCCAAGCCCACCUCAGUAUGUGCAUGUACCAGUGCCCGGACCCACUGUCGUGAAGCCUGUUGUUGUGCCGGAAUCCGUGCCUGUUCCUGUGCCACAACCACCCAAGGUGAUUAACGUGAAGAAACCCUACACGGUGCACGUUCCUGGCCCCAAUCACUACGUGCACGUGCCCAUCCCUUCUCCACCACACAUUGUGACAAAGUACCACACCAAGUGGAACACUGUGGUGGACCACGGCGAUUCGACUUCUACUUACGACUGCGACACCGGAGCCGAUGAUGAUUGGCAUUCACUUUGGUCACAUGCCAAGCAGCGUUGGUGCUGCAGCCACAAAUUCGUGGGCUGCCCUGGAAGCGUUUCGACUGGUCUUGACUCCGUGGGUUCGACACUUGCUGGCGACAGCUUGGCCUCGAGCUUUGGCUCCGAUUACGGAUCUCUGGGCUCAUCCAGCUUGACCUCGGGCGCUUCCGAUUCCGAUUUGAGUGCAUCUACUUUGUCCUCCGGUGCCUUGAGCUCGUCUGACUUCUCUUCUGGCUUGAGUACCCUCGGAGACGACACGCUUCCACUCAAGAAAUGAGCCAAUCAUUGGAGUCAUUGGACUUCAUUGGAAGACUUGCGCUGAUUUGGUGGACAGCGUGCGGCGUGCUGAGCACCAUCCUUUGGCCUGCAUGCCUGGAAGUGAAGCGGCUGGGCCCGGGCCCUUUCUUAAUUCCUUUGUGCCACGAGCUAGCGUACCCUUUUGUCGUUAAGACGAUGCAGCAAUUCAAUUAGUCAUAAUUAGCUACCGUUUUGGAAUCUUAAGAAUCUGAAGGAUAACCUUGGAGACUUCACCUUUGCUUUUUGACCUUUUUGCCCGGCUGCUCGAUUUGCUUCCUUGCAUUGCAUGCUUGGGAGAGCUAUGCAGCAGAGUGAAACCGAAUUAUAUUUCGAGCGGCUUGGUUCGGCAACUUGCACGUGGCCAGCCACAGCGAAU